AGCCGCCACAACCAACAGCCAGUUCGCCAAACAGUCCGGCAUCCAACUCACAGAGAGGAUAGGGAAUUUUAUAACACCUUCACGAGAGCUACCGAUGUAUAAAGACAAACCGUAUUAUAAAUCUCGCGGACCAUACUCAGGUGGACGGAAACGAAAAAAAGCAUUAUGGGUUGCUAUAUGUAUUGGAUUCUUGGUUGGCCUAUGGUGGUUUUUGAGCGGCAGAGCAGGGCACCCACGUAUUGUCAGGCCCAUAGGGAUGAAGGGUGGAGAUAUGUGGAAAUGGAUGCAGGAAUUUGAGAAGGGUGUAGUUUCAGGAAAAGAGAAGGGCAAGACAAUUGAUUGGGAAGAAAGGAAACAGAGAGUGAAGGAUGCAUUCCUCGUCAGCUGGGAAGGAUAUGAACAGGACGCAUGGGGUAAGUGGCAAUGCACGUCUAUGAAGUUUACGUAUUCUUGCUUAUCGAACAAUGUUCCCUUGACCAAUGGCUUACUCUGCAUGUAGGAAAGGAUAUAUAUGAACCGCUGGCUAGAAAGGGAAAGAAUAUGGCCGAAGGUGGCAUGGGUUGGAUAAUCGUUGACGCCCUUGAUACUUUAAUGCUCAUGAAUCUCACGACACAGGUUCAAAACUCACGAAAAUGGAUACAAAACUCUCUCCGUUACGAGCAAAACCAGGACGUUAAUACCUUUGAAACUACUAUCCGAAUGCUGGGAGGCCUCCUAUCUGCACAUUACAUCUCUAAAACAUACCCAGAUCUUGCCCCGCUGGCGGAAGAUGAUGACGGAGCUCCCGGAGAUGACCUAUAUAUUGAGAAAGCCACAGGACUCGCAGAGCGAUUGCUGGGCGCGUUUGAAUCACCGUCUGGUAUUCCAUUUGCAAGCUUUAAUCUCAAUUCGUCCCAGGGCAUACGGUCGCACACGGAUAAUGGGGCGUCUUCAACUGCAGAGGCCGGAAGUUUGCAGCUUGAAUUCAAGUAUCUGGCUAAAUUGACAGGGGAAACCCAUUACUGGGAGAAAGUGGAGAAGGUCAUGGAAGUCAUUGAUGGGAAUCAGAUGCAGGACGGACUACUGCCUAUCUUCAUCAUGGCCGAUACCGGUAAAUUCAUGGGCGAGAACAUCCGACUAGGUAGUCGCGGAGAUUCGUACUAUGAGUACCUAAUCAAGCAAUUUUUACAAACAUCCGGUGAAGAGCCCAUAUAUGAAAACAUGUGGAACCAAGCGCUCGCAGGUAUCCGCAAACAUCUCAUCACCUACACAAAACAUGCUUCAUUGACCAUUGUGGGAGAGCGUCCGAGCGGGCUUACUGAACCCCUUAUGCCGAAGAUGGACCAUUUAGUGUGCUUUUUGCCUGGCACAAUAGCCCUUGGGGCCACGGGGGGAUUGCCUCUUUCUGAGGCUCGGAAAAACCCCGGAUGGAACCGCCAGAAGGAAGACGAAAUUAUCCUUGCUAAGGAACUGGUAAAGACAUGCUGGGCUACUUAUCUUGCGACUGAGACCGGGCUGGCCCCCGAAAUCGCUUAUUUCGAAAUAGACAAGCCUCCAAGAAUGAUGGACGAUGUAUUUUCAAAGUCCAAGGGUGAAUCCGAGGACGAGAAAGGUGUGAAAACGAAAGGAAAGGCCAAAGAAGAAGGUAUAUACCUUGUUUCUAAACCCCUUGAACCUCUCGACGACAAAAACAGUGCAUGGAGAGAAGAUGUGAUCAUCAAACCUUCCGACCGACAUAACCUCCAGAGACCGGAAACCAUCGAAUCUCUCUUCUACCUGUACCGCAUAACAGAAGACGAGAUAUACCGUGAAUGGGGCUGGGAAAUGUUCAAGAGCUUCAUAAAGCACACAGCCGUUAUAGAGGAUGAGAUCCCUAAACAGAACCAAGAUGGUUUAUCGGAACAGUCUACCUCUGACGAUAAUUCCCCAGCAGCAAAGAGCUCAUACAUUCGGGCAUUUACAUCACUAUCGAAUGCUGACACGAUACCCCCGGGAAGGAUAGACAACAUGGAAAGCUUUUGGCUUGCAGAGACCCUUAAAUACUUCUAUCUUCUAUUCUCGGACAAGGACUUUAUUCCACUUACAGAAACAGUGUUCAAUACGGAAGCACAUAUCUUCCCUCGAUUCAAGAUGGGGAAGCUGUUCAAGACGGGAUGGAAGAGAAAAACUGAAUGGAAGGCUACUGACUAA